GAUGACUAUGGUUGGCUCAAUGGUGGACUAUGUGGUAGCUACGAUGGAAAUUACGACAAUGACUUUCUCAAAGGACCUUUCAAUUCAGCAAAUAGAGAAUAUCUACCCGCGAGAUCAAACGCACACGAGUUUUCUGAUACAUGGAGAACCCCAAGAGGAAACAAUCUAUUCUAUGGUGAAAUUUGUGACUCGGAAACAGAAAGCAAGAACUCAACACAGGUGUAUUGCUCGUGUAAUGCCGAAGGGGGUAGUGUUGAUGCUCAGUGUCAGUAUGGUAAAGAUAAUGGACGCCCCAGUAAACCUAAUAUUGUACCUAACACAUGUAAUGCCAGAUACUGUGACAUAACAGAUGAGUAUUUACAUAGUGACAGUAACAACGAAG